AUGAGGCAUAGUACUCUGCUCUUUGCUCAGCAUACUUACAAAUCACUGCAGUUGCUUUUGCCGCAGCCAUACAAGCUAUUUCACAAGAGUCUACUUAAUCUAUCUCAGAAUACAACAUCGACGCCUGCAACUUCCUGGAACGAGUCUCUUAAAGGGUUUGACCUUUUUCUUAAGGUGAGCGGCCUGAAAGCUGCACACCUGCAAAAAUUAUGGGAUCGCCUUGCCGGAGAUCAGAAGGAAGUGUUUUUGAACCCGCCACCAGAAGUACAUGAGCAGUGGGUCAGAAUUGCACAAGGAUACAAAGAAUACGAGAAGGUCCAAGUGGAGAGAGAAACAGCAAAUCCCUUCUACCAUAUUCCAUUGUAUCCGUGGGAAAUCAUCAAGGAUAAACUAAGGCACAAACCCAUGUUUUCUUCAGACGUGUAUGAUCAGCUCAUCCAGGAAGCAAUGGCACCAUCAAUGAAGUUGCUCCAACCAGCGAAGAUUUAUGAAAAUUUUUGCAUAAAUUUUGAGCCUGAAAACCCACACCAACAAUUCGAAGACCUCCCAAGCUCCCAGAUUACGCGGUAUAAAAUCGAGGCCGAGCGCAAACUAGCCUACGCUAAACGAAUAAUGGCAUACCGCAAAGCCAAAAAAGCGCUACGUCACUCUAACACCUUCAUCAACGAUUACACCAGAGAAUUGGGUGAAUCAUUGACAGGACAGGAGAAGAAGGACUUCAUCCAGCAACAAUGGGAGUUUGAGCAGCUGUUAGAUAUGCUUUCUAAUCAGCGAACAGUUUUCAAAGAGAUAAAUCUCGAAAUUCACUUAUCGAUGGUAAUGGACUAUAUUUUCGAGUACAACGAGGUAUAUGACUGUGGAGUUGGCUGGCGACAAUGGCGGCAACACGCCUGUGGAAAUUAUCACUAUCUCGAUAGAAUCUUGUUUCCUGUUGUGGUGAAUGCUACAGAAGAAAAGAUACAAUUGUUGGACUCACUCCCAUCUCCUCCUGGAUGGCUGGGACCGAUGCGAUGA